AUGAAUAAUAAAAUAGGGAUAGAAAGAACUUUCGCAUCACUUAAUAGAUUUUCCAAACCAGAUAACUUACUGUAUCAAGAGGAACUAAUUGGCCCCCUCAUAGACAGAAAAAGUACAUUCAUGUCGAAUCAGUUGGGUGGAUAGACAGAGGGACGGAAGUAGGAUGUACUUGGGGACUUCAUGAAUAAAGUUCAGCAAAACCCUCGCAUUUUAAGAAUGGUUAAAGAUAAGGCCAGGAAAAGAGGAAUUUACGAUGAUGGAAUCGAUUACAAGCAACCCCUAUUACACAAGAACAUUCAGUACUAUGAUUAAAGAAUUAGACCUUUUUAAUCGAUUGAGGAUACUAGAAGCAGAUAAAGUAUGGAUUAGCAUAGCAGAUCGUUCAAUCAGUCACUUAACUAAAAUCUGAAAGACAAAUUUAUUGACGAAAAAAUUCUAGAUGAGCAUUUAAAGAAUUAGAAAAUUCAAUGGUAUAUGCAAAAGUUUGUUUAAAUCGAGGAAGAGGAAAAUUAGCAGAGGUUAGAACUAAUAAGACUAUAACAGUAAAGAAGGCAGUUCCAAAUUGAUAAAAUUCAAAGGAAAGCUACUAGCAAAGAUCAUGGCGGUAACGGCUCAAUAGACAAUGAUUUAGAGAUGAACCAAUAAAUAGGCUAAUAACUAGAUGAUGAGAUUAUGAGUCUUACCAAGUCAUUUAAGAUGAAUAAGCAGGCUAGUAUUGAUACAGAUAAUCCAUAUUCUACUUUGUAUAAACCAAAAUCAAAUUAGAAAUUUAAAAAGGACAACUCUAAUAAUAGAAAUAUGGUUAAUUCAUCUGUCGAUAUGUUGAGAAUGAGAAGAAGUACAAUAGACAAUCACAAUUAGGGCAACAGUGACUACAAAGAUAUGUAGAACAUAAAGAAUAAAAUAUAUAGGUAUGCUGACCAAGAUCCAAAUAACUAUUUAAGCUUAAAGAGUUUAGAUUUAUCAGUGGAUAGUAUGCAAUCCUAUUAGUUAUCAGAAAUAUCAUAUAUGAAUCAGCAAAAUAGGAGAUAAAAGGAUUAUUAAAAAAGCAGAGUCCCAAGAAUUCACAAAAAUUCAGGCAAUUUUGAAGAUAAUUAAGAUAUAAUCAAGGCUAGAAGAGAUAGCAAUAUGCUGCAAAAGAAGGAAUUGUAUAAAUUUAACUCAAAGAAUAAGCAAUCUCAGAAAAGAAUUAAUUAAAACUCACCUUCAUAAAAUCAGCUUAAUCUACCAAUGAUAGAUAAAAAUGCGAUAUAAAAUUACAUUUAACAGCCAUCCUCUAUUGCUCUAAAAUUUAAAAACAAAUCAUAGAAUGACGAUCUUGAGAGCACAAACAAGAUAGAAAAACUCAAGACACUAAACUUGAAGAUACUAAAUGUAACUGAAGGUAAAAACUCUAAAGUUGACUAAGGAGUGAAUUAACAAUUAAGUUAGAAGUAAUCAGGGAGCAAUAAUCAUCUUCCCUUACAGAAGAAGUAAAGUCAAAUAUAGAGCUUUAUUCUUGAUAAAAACUCCGAAAGUUUUAAAAAUGCUUACAAAUUUUUCCAUAAUCAACAAGAUAGAGAAUUUGAUCGUAAAAAAUUUAAGCAGUGCUUGAUUCAAGACUAUGGUUUAUUUGGAUUGAAUCAUUAUAAGAGAAUGAAGAAAAACUAAGUUAGACUGCUUAUUUCUCAUGAUAUUCACAACUAUCAUGAUUCUGCUGAGAAAGUGAUGAAUUGUAAUAAGGAAUUUUUUCAGAGAAUGUUUUUUUCGAUGCUAGAUAUGAACCAAGAUGGAAAGCUAUGUGAUGUAGACCUGUUUAAAUGCCUAUAAGAGCUAAAUAAUGAAAAAUUAAUGAUUUUAUUGAAUGAUGAUAUCUAAAAAGUCCUAUAAUAAUUGAGCAAGAAGAGGGAGAGUCAGGGAAAAUCUGACUCAGUAAGAUUAGGAAUUAAUAUAAUGAAGUAUCAUGGUAACCUAGCCAAAGAGCAUAGGAAGCCUUUUUAUCUAGAAGAUAGAGUUGAAAAAGCCAAGAAAUUCUUUAAAUUAGUCAUGGAAAGAUAAAAUCGUUAAAAUAAUCCUGACUCUGAACCAAUUGAAGAAAUGGAUUCUGAAGACGAGCAAUUAGUCUUUAAUAAACUCUUGAAUUAAGACUUUGCAGAAGGAACAAUGGGCAAAGUUGUUCUUGAUCCAUAGAGAAUGAAUUAAGACUAUAAGCUUGCUCAAAAGAUGGCCUCUAAAGAAAUCAACUAUGAGUCAUUUUAAACAUAUCUUAUGGACUAGGUUGAUACUUAAAGAGUAGUCUUGACGUUUGAGGAGUUUUAGGAAAUUGAAUUCUCUGUCUUUGGGCUUCCAAGAAUAUCUAUAGAAUUUGUGUCAAAGAUAACUGGUUAAAACUAUGAAAAUAUGAUUUAUAAGAAGAUUAAGAAGUAGAAUUAGUUGAGUAAAUUAAACAAGAGAAGAGGCAACAUUAUACAAGUUUUAAGUGACUUGAAAGACGUUUAGUUCUCAAAUGAGGAAAGAGAAAUUUUAUAUCUUAAGAUGAGGCUUAAGAAUUUUGACUUUGACAGGUAUGAGUUGGUAUUUAGGCAACUCUGUAUUGAUCCUGGUGCUGAUUAUGAUCACGAACUUAGAAUGACUUUAAAGUCCUGCAAAAAAGGCUUAAAACUUAUAUAUGGAGAAUAAGGGAAUGAUCUCCUUGCGCUAAUUAUGUUCAAUUACUUCAGCAAAGGACUAAAAAACUAUGAAGUCAAGUUUUCCUAGUUUAUGUACAGUUUUAUUGCAGAGUUAGAUCUUGAUACAACAAGAAUGAAUCAUUUAGUCUUUAAGAUGCUGGAUGAGGACAAGGACGAUAACCUUAGUAUCUUAGAUUUACUCAGAAUUUACGUAAACUUACCAAAGUACUGUGCAUUUAAUGAUGAACUUCGAGUCAUCUUUAGAUUUUAUCUUGAGAAUAGUGUAAAGCCUCCACUAUAGUUUAGAAGGAAAAUUGAUUAUAAUUUUCAUCUUUACAAAAUUUUAGUGCCUUUAAGCUGCCUAUCAAUUGAGCUAAAAGAGCUAUUCAUAGAUAAAGUAAAUAAGAUGGAAAUAGGUGAAAAAAAUCCUGAUGAUUUGGAUGAUUAUCUCAAGUUUGAUGAUUACUAGCCAUCAAAUAGAUCAGUCUUCUAUGAUAUGAGAGCUGAAGAUGGAAAGGAUUUGACUGAUGAUGUAAAUGAUAAUGAGAUAAGGAAAUACUUCAAGCUUUUUGGAGAAAAAAUUAAUACUGAAAAUAUAGAAGAGAUGUGCAAGGCAUUUCUUGGACAAAAUUUAUGA